CAUCAUCGAUGAUCGCCUCGCCGCAAUUCGCUCACCACAGCCGCAUCGCACCAAGCCAUCUGCCUCGUUGACGUUGCCUCAUGGCUACCUCCACCCGAGCAUCGCCCCCGCCGCCCGCCCCCGCGACCGCGGCGGUGAUCACCGACCCAGGGAAGGAGAGGACCCCGUUUCUUCCGGCGCCGGAGAACGAUGGGGAGGAGAAGGAGAAGCCGCUCGCUCACCUCGCGUCCGCCACCGCUGUUGCGAACCUCCACAAGCCAGGGAACGAGAGGUGCUCGUGUCUGCCGACUCCCGAGGAGGAGGUGGAGGAGAAGGAGAAGCCGCUCACCAUUGCUCCUAUGGCCCUGCGAGGGAAGAAGAUGCGCGUCCCCCUUGUGCCCAUGACGGACCAGGAGCAGGAGAAGCUCAUGGAAUUGAAGCAGCUGCACCGGUUAGGGAUCAAGGAGCUGCAAAAGCUGGCGAAGACGCGGGAGAAGCUGUUCAAGCACCGUGACGAAAUUCUGUUCCGGCGGAGGUGUCUGGCGGCACGCUUUGUCAACCAGAUCGUCCUCCACCGCCUUGACGCUGCCUAUGCCCAGCAUCAGCUUCUCCUUGGCAUAAAGGUGGGGGAUCGUGUGCCGGAGGAGCUCAUACAGGCCAGGGACCCCAUCAGGCAUGCCAUUUAUGACUUCGUUGACAUGGCCAGGAUCAUGAAUAUUGGUAUGGACAACUUUCUUGUUGAAUACCACAAUUUCCAGAAGAAGAGAAGGAUGCAGAACCACGAGAACAAGGUGGAGACUGAGGCAGUUUGUGAUCAGAGCAGAACCCCACUUGCAUGGUCCUGCCACUCAAACGUGGGAGGUUAAGUUUAGUACUGACAAUGAAAGCUAUGUUUCUACCGAUGAGGUUCCACAUGCAUGAAUCCUGCGUUGUGCUUUUGUGCUUGGGAUGAUUUCAUACUGUCGCGAGUUCUUGAAAUCAAGCGAUCUUCUGACUUUGAUCA